GAAUAGUUGAAACUUAGAUCUCUUGGCGUGCACAACAUGAAUUUUAUAAUAUUUGUGACCGCUUUAGUUUGCCUCUGGGCAUCAGCUUCUCAUGCCGAUCCACUGAUAGUAAAUCUCGCAAAUGGCAAACUACGUGGUCGCGAUAACGGUGGCUUCUACAGCUUCGAAUCUAUACCAUAUGCUGAGCCCCCACUGGGAGAACUUCGAUUUGAGACACCUCAGCCAUACAAUCGGCAGUGGAAUGAGGUCUUCAAUGCCACCAAUCCUCCAGUGCUGUGCCUUCAAUGGGAUCAGUUUAUUGAUCAGCCCGACAAGCUGGCAGGUAGCGAGGACUGUCUCACUGUGAGUGUGUAUAAGCCAAAGGACGCCAAUCGUAAGAGUUUUCCGGUUAUCGUACAUAUUCAUGGCGGAGCAUUCAUGUUUGGUGGAGCAUCUCAGCAUGGACACGAGACACUAAUGGCCAGCGGAAAAGCGAUUGUUGUGAAGAUCAGCUAUCGGUUGGGUCCAAUUGGCUUCUUGAGCACAGGCGACUUAGAGUUAACUGGAAACUAUGGACUUAAGGAUCAGCGCUUGGCGCUUCAAUGGAUUAAACAGAAUAUUGGUCAUUUUGGCGGUGAGCCCGAGAAUAUACUUGUGAUUGGUCAUUCCGCUGGUGGUGCAUCGGUUCAUAUACAACUUCUCCAAGAGAACUUCAAGCAGCUGGCAAAGGUGGCAGUAUCGCUUAGUGGAAAUGCUUUAGAUCCGUGGGUUGUUCAAAAGGGUGCUUCUCGCAGAGCCUUCGAGUUGGGACGAAUUGUUGGUUGUGAACUACUAAACGACUCCAAGCAGCUGAAGACUUGUUUGAGAAACAUCGAUGCAGCGAAACUAGUUCGAGCUGUGCGCCAGUUUUUGGUAUUUGACUACGUUCCAUUCACACCUUUUGGUCCAGUAAUGGAAGCUGCAGGUGCUCCCGAUGCCAUUCUCACUGAGCAUCCCAGUGAGAUCAUCAAAAGUGGAAAAUUCUCACAAGUUCCUUGGCUGACAUCCUACACAACGGAAGACGGAGGUUACAACGCAGCACUACUACUGGCGAAGCAAUCCAAUGGAGUGGAAGCCAUUGACGAAUUGAACUCACGCUGGUACGAUCUUGCUCCAUAUUUCCUAUUCUACCGUGAUUCCUUUAAGACGAUUAACGAAAUGGACGAUUAUUCUCGCGAUCUGAGACAACAGUAUCUGGGUAAUCGUAACUUCAGUGUGGAUAAUUAUUUGGAUCUGCAGCGUUUGUUUACGGAUGUGCUCUUCAAGAACGCUACUCAAAGUGCAAUUGAGCUACAUCGCCAAUAUGGGAAGAGUCCAGUCUAUGCAUUUGCCUAUGAAAUUCCCGCUGAUAAGGCAAUUGGACAAUGGUUGGCAAAGCGCAAUGACAUUUUUCUAGGCUCUGUUCACGGAGACGAUUACUUCUUGAUCUUUGAUAGUCCGAUUCGUCAACCUAUUCGCCCCGAUGAGAAACUUGUUUCAAAGCACUUAAUUAAAAUGCUGGAGGAAUUUGUACAAGCCGGCACAAUGACGUAUGACAAUUGCGUGUUUCGCGAUAAUGUAGGCCAAAAAGAAUUUCAAUUAGUGUCCAUCAAGCGGGACAAGUGUGUUCAUUUAGAAGUUGAGCAAUUCCCUUAGGCGACGCUUAACAAAACUCAUGCACAUACAUACAUAAUGCAAAUACUGGUUUUGAAUUGUCAGUAAAAAAAAAACUGGUUACAAAUUAUUGUUUACUUUGUUUUUGUUUUAAUUGAAGUUGAGAGAUAAAACAAAUAAAUAAUUGACGCAUUUAUUCAUGAACUGAA